AUGGCCAGUACGCGAGACUCUCACUCUUACGCUCCCCAAAAUCACCCGCAGUCCGCUAACGCGACAGCUUUCGAGACUGCCCUGAGUAGACUGUUUCCCGGAGGUGAUUUGGACGCAACCGUUCGUUCGCUUCUGCAUGACCAGGAUGGCCCCAAGCCAUCCUCGUCCAAGUCGUCUUCUCGGCACUCGACUCCAGCCAAGGUGGACCCCGAUCGCACCGAACCCGCUCCGGAGGCACUUCCGCAGCAGGCAGAUGGCUUUGACUGGACCGAAAACAAAAUCACCGUCGGUGAUCUGACCGACGGCAUGGCAGCCUUGUCGAUCAAGCCGGAGGGAACGGGAUAUUUCGGAGCAUCGUCGAGUGUUGUGCCACUUCGAGCUUUAUAUAAGCAUGGAUUUGAUCUCAAUUUCCCCGACCAGACGAGACACUUGGGACCUGAGGGUGUCCCGUUAAAGUCGCAGCUCCUGAAUUCGGCUCCAUCCGGCUUGGUCGAGCAGACCUUCAUGGACGCUUUCUUCCUCAACUACCACACUAGUUACCCCUUCAUCCACGAAGGCACAUUCCGAGCGCAGUUUUAUAAGCAGGCCCCCCACCACAACAACCAGGUGUGGCAGAUUCUGCUCAACACCGUCUUGGCUCUGGGUGCUUGGAGUAUAGGCGAUGAUAGCUCGGACAUCGAUAUCACGUUUUAUCAAGAAGCCCGAGGGCAUCUGCAGCGGGUGUCCGUAUUCGAGACCGGAAACCUCACACUGGUUCAGGCAUUGCUGCUGCUCAGCAACUAUGCUCAGAAACGAAACAAGCCGAACACUGGCUGGAAUUUCUUAGGUCUGGCCGUUCGAAUGGCCAUGAGUCUCGGUCUGCAUAAAGAAUUUCCAGGCUGGAAAAUCAGCCUUUUGCAGCGCGAGAUCCGCAGAAGACUGUGGUGGGGCGUGUAUAUCUUCGAUAGUGGCGCCGCAAAGACAUUCGGCCGGCCGAUUCUCCUGCCAGAGGACAGCGUCAUGGACUCGAAGCAGGUGCUCAAUAUUCACGAUGAUGCCCUCACUGCAACCACAACCACCCUGCCUCCCGAGGUCAACGGGCCGACCAUUUACUCCGGCAUGAUCGCGCAGGCAAAGUUCCAUCUACUCACCAACAGCGUUUAUCAACGCCUGAUCUCCACCCCGAGCCUGACGCCAGAAGAGACACUCAGUCUCCAGAAGCCCAUGGAAGAAUGGUACAACAAUCUUCCGGACUACUUCAAGACUCCACCGCCGACCUCCGAGUCGGAUCCCUUCGCCCUCGUCCGUAACCGACUCAUGUGGCGAGACUGGAACUUGCGAAUCCUGCUGUACAGGCCUAUCCUUCUCCGCUGGGCCUCUCGAAGGUGGACACCGACCACCGGCUCCUCUCCGGAUCAUGAAGAUCCUCUCGAGGCCGACUGCCGACGGCUCUGCCUGCGCAAUGCCCGACUGACCCUCUCAUCGAUCACAGAUUUCGUCAACAACCACAUCUGUACUCGAAUCGGCGCAUGGUACAUGCUAUACUUCCUCUUCCAGGCAGGCCUAAUCCCCAUCAUCCUGCUUAUGACCGACCCGACCAGCCCGGAGGCUCCCGGCUGGCUGCAAGACGUCGAAACGACAAAGAACCUGCUGAUGCACCCGUCGCUCAUCAGCAACCGAUUCGCCACCCGCUGCCUGGAGGUGGUCAACCGGCUCUGCUCGCCGGCGUACACGAGCUCCAUCGCCGACGGGGGGGAAUGGACUUCUCCGAAUGGGUAA